AAUAAUCUUAUUAUUAGCUUUCUAAUGUUGUAGAAAGACCAAACGCAAAUAGACCAAACCAGGUUUGCUUAAUUUUUUUUCGAAAGCUCUCUCUUCCACAAUGUUCACGGAGUCAUCAUCUCCAGCGAAGGAUCCGGAUUCACCCGAAUCCGAAACCCGACCCGACUUCAAUCCCUCCUCCACUGAUUCCACCGCCACUACCAAUCCCAACACCGUUCAAACCGCCAUAGACUCAGACUCCCUCGAACCUAGACCCGAAGCGACGACAUUCGAAUCAGCCUCAUCAGAUCUACCACCGGAACGAUUCAAUUCGCUCGACGAAUUAACCCACGAUCUCGGCUCUCUCCACGAGCUUUCAACCCGUGGCUCAUGGCAAGCGAUCCUCGAGAAGAUAUCUCAAGCGAGAGCUCUCUUCCUCCUCACAAAGCCUCACGAGCAUCUCACUUAUCUCACUUACCAAGUUAUGGCUCUCGUCAAGCUCCGUCGCUCCGAUGAAGCAGCGCAUGAGCUUAACUCGUUGCACGAUUUCGACGGGACGCAUUACAGGUACGAAUCGUUCCCUGAGAUCUACCCUAAUCGGAAAGGAUCCAUGGUUCCUUUCUCUUUACGGUGGCUCUACGCUUUGAUCCCUACUAAGCUUGGUAAUCGUCAGGAAGGGUUAGAUCGGUUAUACGUUUUGCUUGACUUUGUUAGAGAUCGAAUCAGAGACAAAGAAUCUCAGAAUUUAGAUGAUUCUGUGGAGUUGUGGAAGAAGAGAGAGACCUUUGUGAUGAGUUGCUUGUUAGGGUUUCAUUUAGGUCACAAGGAGUUUGGGGUAUCUUUGGAUUUGAUCAAGGGAUUGAUAAGUCGUGAUCCGUUAGACCCUGUUUUGAUUUCGAAACUAGGCUCUGUUCAACUGCAGUUUGGUGAUAUAGAAGGAGCUAAAGCCACGUUUGAUCGUGUUGAGAAGAUGUUGAAUGAAGGAAAGAGCAAUGGUUUGUUGAAUGAGUUACAGUUCAAGAAUCUUGUUGGUAGGAAUAAGGCUUUGGUUUAUGUUGUGGCAAAGGACUAUGUUUCUGCUGUGAGAGUGUAUGACGAAUGCAUUGAAAGAGAUAACUCGGAUGCUAUCGCCGUCAAUAACAAGGCUCUUUGUUUGAUGUACUUGAGAGAUCUUUCGGAUGCGAUUAAGGUGAUGGAGAGUGCUUUGGAGAGAGUACCGACUGCUGCUUUGAACGAGAGCUUGGUGGUUAACUUGUGUAGUAUGUAUGAGUUGGCUUAUGUUAAUCAUACUGAUGUCAAGCGGACAUUGAACAAUUGGAUUGCACGUGUUGCUCCUGAUGAUUAUGAUUCAUCUAGUACCAGAGUUUGAGGUUUUGAGCUAAGCAAAAAGGUAAUUUAGCCAAAGAGUUUAUGUCUUCAAUGAUGAAACAAAUCGAGGAUGUAGUUCUUGCUGGGUUUUUACCUCAUCUGGAGACUCUGUUGUUGAUGCAAUUACCGGCUUCACAUUCGUUGUAGUUUUGUGUUGUGAAAGCUAGCUAAUGGUUUGUUGCCCCCAAAGACUUGGUAACCUUCCUGCAUUGAUUUUUGUCAUAUUCGUCUUCUUACAACAAUUUCUGUAAUACUUGCUGUUAAUCACUAAUGACGAAUGUUUGUUCUUUCAACUCUCCCCAUGCACAGAGGUUUUGGGUUAUCGAGUAUUUAAAGCAAUCUAUUUUGAGAAUUUCUAGUUCAGAGAUCAUAUCAGGACUGGAUCAA